GUAAUGCGAUGAAACACAACCUUUCAUUAUAAAAGCAAUAAUUAUGGAAUAAACUAUGUCACUUCAAUUUAAUUAGAAGGAGAAACAGAAAUGUAUCUGGAAGCAUACUACGAGUAUCAUCAUGGGCCCCUAAAAAAAAGGAAAACUGCAUGAAAACUUCAAUCUCAAGCUAUAUUUAACCUUAAAACAACAGUGCAACACUGCCACCAGGUGGUGGAACAUGGGGUUUCAGGCCAUCCACACCACCUACACUAGCUAUCUGUCUUCCUGCUUCUUGUCAGGAAACAAAGGAAAGUCUCGCAGCAAAUGACAAAACUAUUAAAACACAUAUUUACAGUCGGCCUAAUUCGAUGGUAGUUCCAGUCUAAUGACUAAUCAAUCGCCCUGUCAGCAGCUGCCAUUCAUGAGUGUCAGGCUGCCGUGAAUGAAGACGGGUUUUCUCCUCCAUCUCACAUCAUCACCACCACCACCAUCAUCAGUGCCGGUCACGUGGUGCGUCCGGAGCGGGCGGUGGGUGUGUGUAAUCGCGUGUGGUUUCAUUCAUAACUACAGUCUUUAUUUGCAGCCCAAUUUAAAGUAUGCAGACGGGGCAGGCGGCCCGUGGACCGCUUCAAACGGAUUCUACAGCCGGGCUGAGAGCAGACGACGCAGACAUGUGGGACAGGCUGACGGGCUUUCGCAGGUGAGGGGAAGAUGCUACUGAUGCUGAUGCUGAGGCUGAGGCUGCUGCUGCUGCUGAACGCCGCCGGAUGCAGCGAGUCUCUGUAGUCAGUCUGCACAGAGCGGAGGGAAGACCAAAGAGACCACAAGGGUUCACUCACGCCAACCUGGACCAUGAGCAAUGAUUUGCCUGUUCUUGCAAGUCUGAAUGAGAAUGCCACAGAUGUGCCUGUGUCGGCAGGCCAGGUGGAGAGCUAUGUGCUGUUGCUGGUGCUGCUGAGUGUGUUUGCCGGGGGGAUGCUGGUCCUGCUCUCCCUGCUGCUGCUCUUCUGUCACCGCUGCUGCAUGAGUGGACGGCGCUACUCCAGAGCGAGCGAUGACCCUGAGAAGACAAACACAACUUAUGUUGAGGAUUCUCAGCCCACCCAAGAGAUCACCUUUCGUCUGGAUGAAUCAGACGCCCUCUCAGCUUCAAGCUGUCAUGAUGGAGAGUCAGAACGAUUUGUGUCCACUGGGUCCACUGGCCGCAGAGUCUCCUUCAACGAGUCUGCACUUUACAAACAGGAGAAGACAACUCAGGACAAGGGACGCAGGUAUACCCUGACUGAAGGCGACUUCCACCACCUGAAAAAGGCCCGGCUGACCCACCUUCACCUGCCGCCAGCCCCAUGUGACCUGAAGAUCCUCACUAUCAUGGAGUGUGACUCAACAGAAAGCAGCACCAUCAACAUCAGUGAGACUGCAGCCCCAAAGCUGCCCCUCACCAUCUACCAGCCCACUGAGAGAAGAGUCCCUGACUGGAUGGGACAAAGCCUCAGCGGAGGUCUGCCAGGAGACCCUCAUCACUCCACUGUCCUGGACCAGGGACACAGACAGGGCUCGUCAGCCAUGAAAACACAGCACACACGAUCCCAGACAAUGGAGGUUAUCGGAGACAGGGGAGAGGCUGGGAGCGAAAGAGGGAUGAGAGGAGAAUUGACUCAAGCUCCAAGCCAGACUUCAGUUUUACAUUUCUUCUCUAAACUGCGGCGCCAUGCCAGUCUCGAGGGGGCCGGACCUUACUUCAGGAGGUGGAAAUUAGACAGCAGUCACCGGGCUGCCAGUCUGGAUGCCAAAGGAUCGCCCAAACGAAGGCCCUUCCAGAGACAGAGAGCAGCAAGUGAAACCACUGAUCACACUGAAGAUGACUCCUCUCCUCUCAGGGAUGAGAUUAUAGAACCUUUCCCACACACUCCCUUUCAGACCAUUGAAUUCCAGUUUCUCUCUGCAGAAUCUCUGGCUCACCCUACAACUGCACAUACAUCCUCAGUCUUCCUCAGCAGGCUAAAACUGGACGCUAUGGUGGAGGCAGGUGGUAGCAGCAGCACCAGGAGAGAGGAACCCUGGUUGCCAACAGGAGCACAGAGGCAAAAGGAAGCCAGAACCAAUGGAACAGUAGAAAAAGAAACAAGACUUGGUGCAGUUAUAAGAACACAUGCAACGGGAGUCGAGCUAGAAUCGACAGAAGAUGACGACUUGUUUGGGGCACAGCAAGAAGCUGCCAUUCAGGACAGGAUUGAAGACAUACUAAGGAAAACUACAGACACAAUGACAGAUGGUGUGAUGGCAGAUAUGGGGAAAAAGAAUGAGGGGGAAGUAGAUGAUGGAGAUGAGGUGGUGUUGGGAGCUGAAGCCAGACAAAGGGCCGAUUCAGGCUCAUCUCUUUCCUGCAUGAUUCGCCAGGAAAGCUCAGAGGCCCCUCCCUCUCUGUACAGAGACAUUUGGAGCUUGCGAGCUUCUCUGGAGCAAUAUGCCUCCUCAGACCAGAGCAGCACAGACAGGGAGUCCAUCCGCAGUGAUGCUGACAGUGUCUCAUCCUUAGGCGGUGCAGGAGCUCGUCCUGGCCUAGGCAGCUGCUUGUCCCAAGACCUGGAUGAUGAUCCAGAAGGAGAAGGGGAGGAUGAGGUAUUGGAGGGAGGAAGCAGAGACGCAUCAGGUGGCAACAAUGAGAUGGGAAAUGGAGCUGGAGCGGAAGGUGAAGCGGGUAGCCGGAAGCUCCUUCAGAUGGACAGUGGCUAUGCCUCUAUCGAAGCACCAUCCAAGGCCCCAGAGGAGAUGCGGCUCUUUGGGGCUCCUGGGGCUCCCCGAGGGAAGACGGCGUCUGAGAGAAGGCUGUUCUUCACCAGCUCUGGGAGAAAAGGAUCGGUAUGUGAGAGCAUGGAAGCCAAGCUGUUUCAGGAGGAGCUGGAGGAUGAGAUGGCAGGCAGCACGGAGACAGAGGAGGAUGUAAAGGAGAGAGCUCAAACUGGCAGCCAGUCUCUGACCCUUCAAGAGCCAGAUCAACUUCUGAAAUCCCUUCAUCCUCAGAAAGCCCCAGAAUCACAGUCACAGCUGAUGUCUCCACUGAUGAAACCAAUCCAACAGCCUUCUAGUCCUCACAGACCUCGUCUCCGUCGCCGUGACUACAGCAUCGAUGAGAAGACAGAUGCUCUUUUCAAUGAAUUCCUCCGUCACGAUCCCCGAUUCGACCAGCAGGACUCUCCACUGCGCUCCAGGCACCGCUCCAGAGUUCACCUCCGAAAGCAGUGGCAAAGACACAAGCAAUACAGUGACCCAGGGUCAAGUACUGGGGGUCGGUACUCCCCAUCUUUGGAGAGGCAGAGGUUUAUGCCGCUGAGGAGGGGCGACAGUGCCGGUUAUCCUUUAGAUACCAGAUACCACAGCACACUCUCACGCAUUGCGAGUGCCGCUGACGAAGAAGCAAGUGAGGUUGGGGCUUGUGAGGAAGCCAAAGGGAGUCCAGAGAACAAAGAUCCAUCAAGUGAAGGAAGUGCCAAAGAAAGUACAAACAACAAAAUUCGUGAAGGCACAGAUGCAGCAAAGAGUAGGUCUAGUCGUGCAGGGUCAAAUGGAGAGGCCGACAGCUGCCCAGUCUCUACAAACCCAGACACAGAAAACAUAACUAGCCAGUCUUUGACCACAGUAACUUCACAGACAAGCUACAUGGAUCCGAGAGUGGACAAUAAAAACAACAACAGCAGUCAGGCUAUCCUAUCUGAGGUUUCCCUGCAGGCAGAGGACAGCCUGGCAGACAAGCUGGCUGUGUCAGUAGAAGAGAGGCUCUACAGCGGCCUCCGCAGCGCAGAGAGGCUCGGAGGAUCGGAGCAUAUGCUCACCGUGGCUCACACUGCUUCACCUGGCUUCAAUCCCAUGUAGUCUGUUAAUAAUGCCACAUCACCUUUAGCUCAGAUCCAAUGCCAAUACUCCACAGCCCUGAACAAAAAGGUCUACAGCUAUUCAAAUGUCAUCACGCGUUAGACACUGGGUCAAUCUUUUACAUUUGGACAAAUCUUCAAAACAGACAUUGCCUGAUAACUGAUGCAUCAUGACACAGAUAUAUCCUAAAGGACACAGUCACCUUCUUGACAGCCAGGUCCAUUUCAGACCUUAAUUUUCACUGUGUGAUGCCCCUUUUUAUUGGUGGCCAUUCUUAAAAUCAAAUGAAUUCAUUACAUAGCUUUGAAAAUAUAGUCUCAUCUUUAGAAAAAGUUAAUAUUUUCAGAGUUAACUGUGAAUUUUCAGCAUGACACUAUCCAAACAAUGUGUAUAUGAAUAUUACAAACAGCACUUUGAUGGGAAGAAAGAUAAGGACACAGUUUCUGUCACCCAUUUAUCCUCAAGUGUCCUUGUCUCCAUCAUCAUCAUCAUGUCUGUGUGCUGUUGUGUAUCUGGCAAAAAGGAAGAGCAACUCUGUAAAAAAAACAAACUUAAGCUCUCUCUCUC